AUGAAAGGCAAGAACCGCGAGCGCGUCGCUCCUCGACGACUGGCUCCAAAGUCUUGGAUAAAUCGCAGAUACGACGUACGUGUGCCACAGAUACCAGAGCAAGACAUGCUACAGAUGGGAGAAUUUAUGAAUCUCCAUAUCGGUUCUCAGAUGAACAUUUCUCCGUCCCUUAUAGGAUUUGUCCCAGGAAUGGAGCCGCACAUGUUUCAACUCAUCCAUAAAUUUAUCAAUACGAUGCAAAAGGCAAUGUAUCCUGUUGAGAACUGCAUAGAUCUAAACGAGGACGGGCGAUGCUGGUACGAAGGCUUCUGUCGUGAUCCUGCAUUCGGCCAAACUGUAUGGCACAGUGCUCGGGCCUUCUUUAAUAUCAGCAAGAGCAACGCAAUGGAGUCUGUGACAAACAUGGAAAUUAACAAGGCUAUUGUUAUGCUGCGACAAAAACUUGCAUACCCUGGUUUUCUUAUCACCGACUCGACCAUAUUCACUGUCUUAGCUUUAGCCAUGAUCUCAGAAGCUUUCCGUGAUUAUGAAGCGGCCAAGCAGCAUAUCCAUGGCUUAUAUCAAAUGAUAAAGCUCCGUGGAGGUAUCAACGCACUUUCUCAGAAGCAUCCUUUACAGCUUAAAUGCUGCAGAUUAGACCUUAUGUUUGCACUACAGACCGCCUCCAAACCGUUGUUCUUUGCCGAGAACAGCCUGUCGUGGGAGGCUUAUCUUCCUAAACAUGAAAGGCUCCCUACAGUAACACCACUCGAUACACUCGAUGAUGCAACUGAUUGGCGUUUGAUUAACGUGUGGCAUGACCUUCGCGAGCUCAUAACCGCCAUCAACCUCGCACAUCAAACAAAGCGAAAACUGUCUUCAACGUUAUUUCAAGAGGCACUUGUGUCGGUGCAGUAUCGCUUGCAACACUUAACUUACGAGAUUUGCGACCAACAUGAGGUCUUAAGACUGGCCUUGCUUGUUUUCUCUACUACUACGUUUUUCCACGCCCGUCUCAUUUCCACAUGCUACCGGGACUUUUUGAGGCAUCUUGAUAUUAUCCUCCACUCAACGGACUACUAUCUCGAUGAGCGGAGUUCGAAGCUAAUUCUGUGGUUCAUUUUUGUUAGCCGGUUAUCUGGAAUAUAUACGCCAGAGGAUUAUUCUUGGAUGCGUAAACAAGUGCUGCAGAUAAGCAGGUCCUUGAAACUGAAGUUGAUUCUGGUUGGCCUGGUCCCUGUGACGUCACUCCGCGGCUCUCCGCAUUCCUGA